CUUACUUAUCUCUCACAACUUUUGUUUCUGGAAAAUAGUAACACCAAUUAUUAAUAUAUAUAUCUAUAAUAGUAACAAUGAAGAACAGUACUGCGGCAGCCAUGAAAGAACCUCUGCUAGAACCAGACAAGCAGCCAUCAAAUAUCGUCGCAGCGCCGCCGCCGCCGCCGCCGCAGCAGGGCGAGGAGGUCAGCGAUGAACUUGAAGAGAUACUCACCCACACAACCAUGCCGCGGUGGCGCCGCCUCCAGAAAGCCGCCGGAAUCGAAUUCCGAUACCUAUCCCGUCUUGCCGCUCCCGCCAUCGUCGUCUACCUCCUCAAUAACGUCACUUCCAUGUCCACUCAAAUCUUCUGCGGCCAUCUCGGCAACCUCGAGCUCGCAGCUUCUUCCCUCGGCAACAAUGGCGUCCAGCUCUUGACCUACGGCCUCAUGCUUGGGAUGGGCAGCGCCGUCGAAACCCUAUGCGGGCAGGCGUACGGCGCCCAGAAAUACGACAUGCUCGGAAUCUAUAUGCAGAGGUCGACGGUGCUGCUAAUGGCGACGGGGAUUCCGAUGAUGCUGAUCUACAUCUUUUCGAAGCCGAUCCUGGUGGCGCUGGGGCAGUCGGAGGAGGUGGCGGCGUCGGCGGCUAUGUUUGUGUACGGCCUGAUUCCGCAGAUCUUCGCGUACGCGGCGAAUUUCGCGAUCCAGAAGUUUCUGCAGGCGCAGAGCAUCGUGAAGCCGAGCGCCUACAUAUCGGCGGUGACGCUGGUGGCGCACGUGGCGCUCACGUGGGUGGCGUUGUACGUUUUCCGGUGGGGCCUGCUGGGGGCGGCGCUGGUGCUGAGCUUCUCGUGGUGGGUCAUAGUGGUGGCGCAAUUUGUGUAUAUCGUGACGUCGGAGCGGUGCCGGGACACAUGGCGGGGGUUCAGCUGGCGGGCCUUCUCCGGCCUCUGGAAAUUUCUGAAGCUGUCGGCGGCGUCGGCGGUGAUGCUCUGCCUUGAGACCUGGUAUUUUCAGGUCAUCGUCCUCGUCGCCGGUUUGCUGCCCAAUCCUGAAAUUGCAUUGGACGCCCUCGCAGUCUGUGGGACGGUUCUCGGAUGGGUUUUCAUGGUCUCCGUCGGCUUUAAUGCUGCCAUCAGUAUAAGGGUUAGCAAUGAGGUCGGCGGCGGACACCCGAGGUCGGCGGCGUUCAGCGUGGUGGUGACGACGGCGUCGUCGUUGGUGGUGGCGGUGAUAUUCGCGGCGGCGACGCUGAUAUUCCGCCAUGAAAUAAGCUACAUCUUCACGGAGGGUGAAGUGGUUUCAGAGGCUGUCUCAGAGCUCACGCCAUUCUUGGCCUGCUCUGUCGUCCUCAACGGAAUACAGCCUGUUCUCUCUGGUGUCGCGGUUGGGUGUGGAUGGCAAGCAUUUGUGGCGUACGUGAACGUUGGGUGUUACUAUGUCAUCGGUGUUCCACUCGGCGCUCUCCUCGGCUUCCAAUUCAAUUUUGGCAUUAAGGGAAUAUGGUUGGGAAUGUUGGGAGGCAUGCUCAUGCAGACCCUAAUCUUGAUUUGGGUCACUGUUCGAACCGAUUGGAAUAAAGAGGUGGAAAUUGCAAAGAACAGAAUUGAUACAUGGGCAGAUGCAAAAGAGGUGAUUGUGUUGGAGUGAUUAAUUUACAGUUGAAUUUAUUCUACAUAACAUGAUCGAUAUCUGUUCGAUGCGUCACUCAAACGAUGAGGCAAAAGAGCCGAAGCUACUUAGAAUAAUUCUAAGUAAACAAAAAAAAAAAAAAAAAGAA